AUGACCCUCAGUCGCUCGGAGAACCCGAGGGGCCGGCAGGCGUUUGACAUUUCCAUUGCGUUCACGGUCAUUGCUUGUGUCAUUGUUGGUAUGCGGUUGUAUACCCGAGCGUUCUUGGUCCGAUGCCCAGGACUGGAGGACUACUUCAUCUUUUUGGCCUUGCUGUCUACUAUUGGGUUCGCCGUGUGCAUUGGCUUUCAGGUGCAUUAUAGCAUGGGGCACCAUAUUGUAGAUAUAGAGCCAGAGGAUUCGACAAAGUCUCUGAAGGCCUUUUGGGUGUCUCUAAUCUUCUACGGUCUCGCUCUCGGCUUCCAGAAAAUCUCCAUCCUCUUGCAGUACCUGCGAGUCUUCACUACCCCGAGAUUCACAAUAGUAAGCUGGGUCAUGAUUGUCUUUGUCAGUGUGUAUAGCACUUGGACAGUGUUCGGUAACAUCUUUACCUGCAUACCAGUCCGAGCUUUUUGGACCAAGGAGCCGAAUGCAAAGUGCCUUAAUCAAUUCGCCAUGUGGUUCACCAAUGCCGGUAUCAAUAUUUUGCAAGACUUUCUGAUAAUCAUAAUGCCCAUGCCCGUCAUUCGAAGCCUCAACCUUGGAAAGCGACAGAAGGGAGCACUGAUUGGUAUCUUCGCCGUCGGUGGCUUCGUCUGCGUAGUCUCCAUCCUCCGAUUGCCUCAACUCGUCUCCAUCUCCAACUCCACAGAUCCAACCUACGACAACGCCGGCGCAGCGACCUGGUCCUGCGUCGAAGCAAACGUGGGCAUCAUCUGCGCCUGCCUCCCUCUCCUCCGCCCCCUCGUCACCCGCCUUCUCCCCGGCUUCUUCUCCUCCCACAAACGCACCGACACCGCACCACGCCUUUACUCCACCAUCGGCACCAGCCACGGCCGCCGCAACCUCCAAUCCCACAGCGCCUACGUCUUGAACUCGAGCGCCCGCCAUCCCCAAUCCAAAAACUCGGACGAGGACGAUCGCGACAUCCAGGUCAUAACCGACAUUCGCGUGCAAGUCGAAGACGACGAGGGCAAUCUCAACGGCUGGAGAUCAGACGUCUCAGGUAAAAGCUGGGUUGAGAUGAGGAGCGCAAAGGCAGAGCCGCACCGCGAAAAUAGCACGCACAGUAGCACCGACACGCUGGUCAAGGAACCUAGUAGUCGUUCGGCUUAA